ACCUACGAGUCUACAGUCAAUACUUCCUGGAACACCAAAACUGACAAACAGACGGUUCUUCAUCCGCUGCGGGAUCAUCUUCCUCUUGUAUGCCUCAUAUUGCUCUGGAGUGAAGAGUGUGCCUCCGUCAUCGUCACCAACAAUCCUGCAGGUGGCCAUGCAGAAGAAACAACUAGAUCCACCAUGAGGGAAAUUGUGCACCUUCAGGCUGGCCAGUGUGGAAACCAGAUUGGUGCCAAGUUCUGGGAAGUUAUCAGUGAUGAGCACGGCAUUGAUCCAACAGGGACUUACAAUGGUGACUGUGACCUGCAGCUGGACAGGAUCAAUGUUUACUACAAUGAGGCCACAGGGGGUAAAUAUGUUCCUCGGGCCAUCCUUGUGGACUUAGAACCAGGGACCAUGGACUCUGUAAGGUCUGGACCUUAUGGGCAGAUCUUCCGACCAGACAAUUUCGUGUUUGGCCAAACUGGGGCAGGAAACAACUGGGCCAAAGGCCACUACACUGAAGGAGCGGAGUUGGUCGACUCAGUUCUGGACGUGGUUCGCAAAGAGUCCGAAGGCUGCGACUGCCUGCAGGGCUUCCAGCUCACCCACUCUCUUGGUGGAGGAACAGGAUCUGGAAUGGGAACUCUGCUGAUCACCAAGAUCCGUGAAGAGUAUCCUGACCGUAUCAUGAACACCUUCAGUGUCGUGCCUUCCCCGAAGGUGUCAGACACAGUGGUUGAGCCUUACAAUGCAACUCUGUCAGUCCACCAGCUUGUGGAGAACACAGAUGAAACAUACUGCAUAGACAAUGAAGCUCUGUAUGACAUCUGCUUCAGAACACUCAAAUUGACCACACCAACAUACGGUGACCUUAACCACCUGGUGUCUGCCACCAUGAGUGGCGUCACCACCUGCCUGCGUUUUCCUGGUCAGCUCAACGCCGACCUACGCAAGCUGGCUGUCAACAUGGUGCCAUUCCCUCGACUGCAUUUUUUCAUGCCUGGCUUUGCCCCGCUGACCAGCAGAGGCAGCCAGCAGUACCGAGCACUGACGGUACCAGAGCUCACGCAGCAAAUGUUCGACUCCAAGAACAUGAUGGCUGCCUGUGACCCACGUCGUGGUCGCUAUCUGACAGUGGCUGCCGUGUUCCGCGGCCGCAUGUCCAUGAAGGAGGUGGAUGAGCAGAUGCUCAAUGUCCAGAACAAAAACAGCAGUUACUUUGUUGAAUGGAUUCCCAACAAUGUUAAAACUGCUGUCUGUGACAUACCUCCCCGCGGCCUCAAGAUGGCAGUCACAUUUGUUGGCAACAGCACGGCCAUUCAGGAGCUGUUCAAGCGCAUCUCUGAGCAGUUCACCUCUAUGUUCCGGCGUAAGGCCUUCUUGCAUUGGUACACAGGUGAAGGCAUGGACGAGAUGGAGUUCACUGAGGCUGAAAGCAACAUGAACGAUCUUGUCUCGGAGUACCAGCAGUACCAGGACGCCAGUGCUGAGGAAGAAGGAGAAUUUGAUGAAGGUGAAGAAGAGGGAUGAAUAAGCAAGUCAGGAUUUUGACCUGUUCAUCCAUCAGUCUGUCCAUUUUAGUUUCUGUAAAUCUAUUUAGCGCAGGCAAAGGUCAAUGGCUGAAAUGACUACUGUUAUCAGUCUGCAAAUUUAGCAUGUAAUUCUGCUGCCUCCAUGGUUUCCUCCGGGAACUCCGGUUUGCCUGCUCGUAAAAAAAAAUCAGUAUUGUACAUAUGUGGACUCCAGAAUUAGGAACGUGUUUUUUUGAGAAGCUUUAUAUGCAAUACAAAAUAAUUAUAGGAAGGAUGAGCAUCAACAUGAAGCCAGAGUGAAUGACCUAUACUGUAAAAUGUACAUCAUAAUGAUAAUGAACAUUAAAACUGUUAAAUG